AUGCCGCGGCCAGCGCCGAGCGCCGUGCAGAUCGAGUCCAACAUGGGCCCUGAAGGCUACAUAUUUGCGGUGUCCGAGAACCGAUACAUCGCCCCAUCGUCGAAACGGGACUCGGCGCUACCGAAAUCGAGCGCGGUGGAGUUAAAGUUAGCAACUGUGUUUGACAUCCCGCCAGACGGCCCCGCCAGCAUCACCGACGAGUGGAUACGCAAAUGUCUCGACGAGUACAAGCACGACGAUGUAUUCAGCGAAGAGUUCCUCGUCUGCGUGGUAUUCAAUGCAUCGCGCAAGCCCAGCGUAUCGAGUGAAGCGAUCGAUCUCCUGAAAGAACAUGGCAUGAAGGAAUACGUCGUCACCUCCUCAACCGACUACUUGCCCGGCCCGCAUGUCAUUGUGGACCAGCAGCUUAGAGAGGUGUGGAAGCUAGUGGACGAUUCAAACGGCACCUGCAUGGUCACCUUGAAACCACAAAGAGACCCAUUGAGUGCACCUGAGCCAUUUCUCAUCGGCAGCCGAAACGGCCAGGCUCUCAGCUUUGCCAUACCAUCACGUAUCAAGAACUAUGCCCAUCCUUCUCCGCUUGCAGGGCUGCGCGUCCUUGUUAAAGAUAAUAUUGACUUGAACGGAAUCAAGUCGUCUGUUGGCAACUAUGCUUUCUACAAGACUUUUCCUCCAAAAGCAAAAAGCGCCCAUUGUGUUCAGAAGCUAGUUGACAACGGCGCCGUCAUCAUUGGCAAAACGAAACUGACGUCUUUUGGAAAUUGGGAGGAGCUUAUGGAAUACACCGACUACCAGGCUCCGUGGAAUCCUAGGGCAGAUGGAUAUCACUCACCCGGAGGGAGCAGUUCGGGUAGUGCUUCGGCCAUUGUGGCCAAUGACUGCCUCGAUAUUACUAUUGGUACUGACACUUGGGGUAGCGUCACCCGCCCUGCCCACUGGUGUGGAUGUUUUGGCCUUCGCCCUAGCAUUGGAGCCAUCUCUGCAGAGGGAAUUGAGCCAUAUGUGCAAUCGUGGGAUGUUCCCGGAAUUCUCGCCAGAGAUCUCGGCAAAUGUAGAAAUUUUGCGGCCGAAUGGCUGACAUUCGAUCAGUUUGAGAAGACGCCAAAACAAUUUUCUUCAAUCAUCUGGCCAACCGAUUUUUGGAAAGUCAUUGAUCCCGACCAAGCUAGCAAAGCAAGAUUAUUCGCCCAGUCGGCGGCCGCGAAGCUAAAUGUCAAGCUUGUAGACAUGUCAUUUGAAGAAUGCUGGAAUGCGUCGCCACCAACUGAGGAUGCAACUUCGCUACCUACAUUCAUUAAUCCUGCUACCGAAGUCUUGGCGUAUGAUGUAUACCAUAACAGCGAGAAUUUUCGCCUUCGGCAUAGGGAUUUGUUUGGGCGAGCGCCGUAUAAAACGCUUCAAAAUGAGCGAAUCUGCAAGUGGUUCCAACAAACAGUACGGACCAAGGAUAACACAGAUGCGAUUGUAAUGCUGCCAAUUGAGACAGCGGGACCCAGAUACAGGGAUGAAUUCCCCGAGUUCCAGAGGCCGCCGCAAAGAGGCGUUAAUGCUCUAGCUAUUGGCCCCGUCACCAAAUCACCAAUCCUUGCCAUCCCAAUUGCCGAGAUUCCGUAUCAUUCGAGAGUUAGCGGCCGGGAGGAGAAGUUGCCAUUCGCAGUAGCACUUAUGGGGACGCCAGGCUCUGAUUUGCAGUUGAUUGAUACUGCAAUCCAAAUCCUGUCGCACUUGAAUCUUCCGACAGUUGCUCAAACCGGAAGAUCCAUGUAUAACAAGCCCGACCAGUAA